AUUUGAAAAAGGAAAAUAACCUACAGGAAAAUAAGAGAUCGUGUUUUCUUAUUUUUCAUAUAUUUACUUUUUCCCCGAAGGUUUUCUCUGAAGGAAGUUGAGGUAAUCGUGUGUGCUUCAGAUAUACUAUUCUUCUCGAAGUCCUUCUGUCUCUCUCUUGCGUCAGAGUAUUCAGCAAUUAUAUUCUGAGACAACAAUGGAGAAGUCAAAAGAUCUAGACAAUUUUUCCGGUUUGGUUGUUCAAGGAACACCGGUUAAGCCUGAACAGCCACUGAAAUUCUAUGUUCGACGAAAGCCUCCUAAGCUGCUCAAUAAGUUACAAAACAUUGAUGACUCUGCAAGUUCUGUUUCUUCAGAUUUCAACACAAACAAUACAACUAAAGAGGAGUCUGUGAAAAAGAGUGAAGAACCAGAAACUUUUAAAGUCGAUCUACAAAGUCUUCAUGGCACACAAGGGAAGGAAAACUCUAAAGAAGAAACUGAAGAGAAAAAUGCUAAGUCAACAAUUCUUCAAGAUGAUUCACAACAUGUUAAUGGAGAAAGAAAGAAGAACUAUUCUCAAAAGAUAUCCAAAAAGAGAUUCCAUAGGCCAAUGAUUAUGGAAGAUGGCAAAAAACCAAGGAAUCGUGCUAAUCUUCAAAUGAGAACUAUAUCUAAUAAAAGGAGUAAAAAGGAGAAAUGUGAUGAAGAAGAGUAUAUAGUUGAGCUUCAAACUCCAGAAAAGCAGAGUUCUCCAAAAAGAAGAAAAAACAAGGCAAAAAAGAGUGUUGCUCGAACGUUGCCAUUCGAUGAAGAAGUUAUUUCUGGUUGUCUUGAGUUUAGUAGAAGUUUUUGGCCUAGUUUUCCAAAAGGCAAAAGGAGGAUGACCACACUUCGCAGGAUUGAUUUUCAUGUGUUGAUAUCACCAAUCUCGUUUCCUAUGCCCAUUUGGAAAAAGCAAUCAAAAAGGUCUAGUCGAAAGAAAAAUAUGACCAGGUGGACUAUGAUUGCUCUAUCUUAUGAAUGCAUAGAAGAAACUUUGUCAUUGGUGGAAAUUCAUCCAGAUGAUAUAGAUAUAAAAAAGAUGCCACCAAAGCUGAGUUUGAUGCAUUCUAACCAGAAAAUAACAGAUGGCUCUAAUGAACAUUUGAAAAAGGCUAAGAAAAUUAGACGUCAAGAUGCUUCAGUUCAGACUAAAGAUUUACACACUGAAGAAAAGAAAGUUAUGAAUAAUCUAACUCUACAAUUAAAUUAUCAAAGGGAACACAAUCUUCCAUCACUAGCCGAUGUUCCAUUACACAAAGAAGAUAUACUUAUGAGAUCUCUUACUAACAUAACGCCUGAACAGUCUAUGAAAAAAACUACUAAAGGUGUUGCCAAGUUAAUCAAGGAGAUGGAGAAAUUGAAUAUCAAUCGAAGAGUAACAACUUUGGGCAAGGCAAAGAAAAAACUGGUUAUUGCAAAAGUGAAUCUUGAUCCUGAAACCAUUAAAGAGUGGGUUUUAUUAAUGGAAAACGAUCUUCCACAUCAAUCAUAUUCCAAUGAGGAAAAUACAGAGUCCAAGUGGAAAGGAGAACGAGAGAUCUUUCAAAGCCGGAUAGAACUUUUCAUCAAUCGGAUGCAUCUUCUACAAGGCAAUAGGAAAUUUAAACAAUGGAAAGGUUCGGUUGUUGAUUCAGUGGUUGGAGUAUUUUUGACACAAAAUGUUUCCGACUACCUCUCAAGCAAUGCUUUCAUGAGUGUUGCUGCAAAAUUUCCGGUGGAUGCAAAAGAAAGUUUGGAAAGCUUAGCAUAUUUCAUCGAGGAACCUCAAGAGGUUAAUAACUUGGUUGCUAAUGGUCAAAUACCAAUUCAGAAUGAGAAGGAUGAUGCUAAAAGCUCAACUGGAUCUGUCUCCUUACAAGAAAAUUUAGAGCAACAUGAGAAAGAUGUAAAAAGAAAAAACAAAAAAACUGGUAUCAUGGAAGAUGAGAGUGUUGAUUGGGAGAGUUUGAGAAAAAUCUACACAAAAGAAGGAUUUAGGGAUACAAUACAUAUGGACACUGUUGAUUGGAAUGCUGUAAGAUUAUCUGAUCAACAAGUUCUUGCUGACACCAUCAUGAAACGAGGACAACAUAAUGGUCUUGCAAGAAAAAUCUUGAAAUUUCUCAACGACGAAGCAAAACAAAAUGGAACCGUGGAUCUUGAAUGGCUUCGAGAUGCUCCUUCUGACUUAGUGAAGAGAUAUCUAUUGGAGAUAGAAGGAAUAGGGCUAAAGAGUGCUGAAUGCGUGCGACUUUUAGGACUUAAACAUUCAGCUUUUCCGGUUGAUACAAAUGUUGGACGUAUAGCGGUUCGGCUUGGUUGGGUUCCUCUUGAACCUUUGCCAGAUGGUGUUCAGUUGCAUCAAUUAUUUCAGUAUCCUUCAAUGGAUUCAAUUCAAAAAUAUCUUUGGCCACGACUAUGUAAACUACCUCAAGAAACACUGUACGAGUUACAUUAUCAGAUGAUAACAUUUGGAAAGGUUUUCUGUACGAAGGUUAUUCCUAACUGUAAUGCAUGUCCGAUGAAAUCAGAAUGCAAAUAUUUUGCAAGUGCAUACGUCAGUUCCAAAGUUCUGCUCGAGGGUCCUGAAGAGAAGACACAAGAGUCACAAGAGUCCCAAGAGUUCCAAGAGUUCCAAGAGUCACAAGAGUCCCAAGAGUUCCAAGAGUCCCAAGAGUCUCAAACUUCAUAUUGUCAUGAUAACGAUGCAAAGAUGACAUCAAAGAUAAACUCGAUUGAAGAAUGCGUUUCCACUGAAUGCAGUAAUCAAACUAACUGUUGUGAGCCAAUAGUUGAGUUUCCCACUUCUCCAGCUAGAGAAAUUCCCGAGUUGCCAGACAUUGAAGAUACUCCUUGCAGAAGUUCUUGUCGGUCUAAUGCUGCCAUUCCUGGAAUGGAUAUCGACAUUGAUGCAUUUAAACAAAACGUGGUGGAUGUGUUUAAGAAAAUUGGAACGAUGUUCAACGGUUCUGAUGACGAGAUUUCUAAAGCAUUAGCUGUCAUGACCCAGGAGAAUGCAUGCAUUCCAAUGAAGCUGCCUCGUAAAACAAAGUAUUAUGACAGAUUAAGAACUGAACAUGUGGUAUAUGUGCUUCCUGAUAAACAUGAGCUUCUCAAUGAUUUUGAGAGAAGAGAAUGUGAUGAUCCUAGUCCAUAUCUUCUUGCUCUUUGGCAACCAGGUGAAACGUCAAACUCGUUCAUGCCACCAAAGAAGAAAUGUGACUCAGAUGGAACAAACCUCUGCGUGAUCAAGACUUGUUCUUAUUGUUGGAAUAUACGAGAAGAAAGUUCAAACACUUACCGUGGAACAAUUCUGAUCCCUUGUAGAACAGCAAUGCAAGGUGGUUUCCCACUUAAUGGCACAUACUUUCAAACCAAUGAGGUUUUUGCAGAUCAUGAGACGAGUUUAGAACCUAUUGUGUUUUCUAGAGAGUUAUGUAAUGGGUUGGAGAAGCGUGCGCUAUAUUGUGGUUCAUCAGUGUCAUCCAUUUUUCGGUUGUUAGAGGAAACAAGAACUCGACUAUGUUUUUGGACUGGAUUUGUAUGCAUGAGAGGAUUUGAUAGAAAGCAACGAACUCCAGAAGGACUCGUCCGCAGACUUCACACCCCACCCGACGAGAGAGGAGAAAAGCACAUGAGAGACUGAUCGAUUUGUUUCUUUUAUUAUUAGUAUUUUCUUUAGUUAUCAAAGACAUUGAAAAACUCUUUUUUAGUAGUAAACAAGUUUUUCUUUUCAUCUCAUAUAUUUUGUUCAAAAUGA